GUUCAACAUGAUUAUCUAACGAAAAGUUCGACCUGGACUGUCCAAGUUUUCUUAUGCGCCAUUUGCACAAUACUGGCUUUCGGGAAGAUUCGCACCAAGUGACUGCCGAAAUCGUCGACAAAGACGUUCAGCGAUGUUACCAAGUACAAAUAUAUCAGGGGAGGAUAUCUUUGCCACACAAGACUUGCUUCGGAGAGCUGUUAAAGAUACUCCUACAACCUCGCCUGAAAAAAUCAACAUGGUGCAUACAGGUGAUGACAACAGGCGCAUUGUUGAUCACUGUGCAAAACUAAAGAGUGCAGUUGAAAAAUUUUUGCACCAACAACGAGGAGAAACUUGUUUAAACCUACCGCAAAAAUACUCAUCGAAAGCAUUUAUAGACUGUGAGAUGAACUUAACAAUUGGUGAUGAUCAACGCGCUGACAUGGGAGAUAUUUCCUACGGAGAAGAUCAAAGUCGAGAGAUGCGAGGUAGAACCGAAGGACACGAUGCAGAUCUCACGUGUUCUCGAAAAGAUGUUGAGAUACUCCAACAACACCAACGAUCGAGUCAGGAGUCACCAGUAGACAAGCGGAGUUCCUAUAGAAAGGAAUUUACACCCGGCAGGAGCACGAGCAGUGACGUGAACGACUAUGCAGCGAGUAAGCGGCCCUUUCAAGACCUGUCGCCCACCAGGGUGUUAGGUCAGAUUGAACAUGAGUCUCGAAAAAGGCUGUACUCUAUCGAAGAAGAGUCUGCGUCUAAAAAGUACCACAAAGACUUCAUGCUGUUGGAAUCAUCCAAUGGAAAUGAUCAUUCGCAGAAAGGAGUUCGACGAUCCGUCAAGGAAAAACAUAGUGUGUGUCCAUUAAAUAACGGAUCAUCGAUGGCUUGGGUGUCCAGCACGGAACCUCAGUUGAUCGCAUCUAUUUUGAACGGAAAUAUGGACGAGCCUUAUAAAGAUUAUAGCUCACAUCUCAGUUUAAAUGAUCGCCCCCAACGUUGCAGUUCAUCUCGAAACAUUUCAGAGGCUGCAGUUCAAGGUACUCUACCUGCUACUGAAUAUAACUGCACUUCGCCGUCCGCAAACGUAUUGAAAGUCACCAUUAUGACGCGACGUCGGCUACAACUUCCAGAGGUGUCGAAACAAUGGCCAAAACUAUUACGCUGUCUUCGAUCAUCUGUAGAACAUACGUUUCGAGGCCAUAAUGGCGUUAACCUAAAGCUUCACGCAAAUUGUCCCGGCUUGAACGAAUACUUGGAAAUGUGGUUACAACUUAAGGUGCUGAUGAAAAAAGCGAACUCAGCUACUAAUAGUGCUGAUAUAAGGCAGUGCGAGACGCAAGUGGUCACUCACAUCCAGGAACUCUUGUCUGUGUCGGUCUGCAUUUCUGCAGACGUCAACGCCUUAACGCGGCCUGCACAGGUACUAGCAGACCCCACUACCUUGUGCAGUCAAUUAAGGACAUCUGAAUGGAGCAAACUAAUCGAGUCUAUCUGCGCCUUCCGAAACAUGUACACGAGGAACAUGAAGUUAUUUACAGCAUGAACUAACUGUCGUUUUUUACUGCUACGCAACGGAUUCAGAUUGUUUAUUGCAAAUAGUAAAUGUCUAUUUGUAAAAAGUCAGUAUACAAAUCUGAGGUUUUUUGUUGUAGCGUUACGCCUUAUUUGAGAAGGCAGCCAGCAUUUUCAAGCGUCAUGUAACCUUGGAAGGUGAUCAAUCCUGAAAACAUCGUAUUUUUUUAUUUAGGAAACGUCUCGUAUUUAUGCACGCAUUGUUUUAUCUAAAUGUAACUUGAAAAAGAGAUAAACUUGAGAUAAUACUACCAAGAUUACGCCAAAUCUAUUAGUAGCAGGAAAUAGAAAUGUGGAAAUUCGUGGAACAGGAACAGCAGUUAUCGAAGCCUUAGCUAUUUUAAUUCGGGAAAAAAAAUCACUGAAAAAAGUAAUUCGCUUUUAACGCCACAAUCCCUAUUCCCUUCUUCUUUUGCGAUACAGCAAUAAGUUACGUAGGUAGAACCUUAAUUAGGUUAUUGUUAUUGUUAAAUUGCGGUCCUUUUUUUUUGAUUAAAAAAGACGAUUAACUAGGAUUUGUUUGCUGAACUAUAUCAAUCUGAAAUCUUUUGCAAUGUUGAAGGAAUAAAUUGAAAAAUAUUAAGUCAUGACAAA